AUGACGCGAAUUUCGGUUUCGAACCUGUUUUUUUCGAUGCGUAGUAGUUUCGUACAGUUUAGGUUUGACAUGCGAUCGCGCGUCGACAUCGGACGCUAUGGCACACUCGUGCCUUAUGUGCCACCGAAACCCCGAAGUGCUCUGGCAUAUACCUUCACAUAUAUGCAAUGGCAAGCCUUUCCGUGUGUUCCAAAGACAAUGCCUACACCUAGCUACAGCAGCUCCCUCAUACAGACUCCACAAGCCAAGAGGCCGUGGAGGCAAAUGCAGGCAGCCAGCACACCCCGAACAGCCACCUUGACAGCGGGCGUGUCACCCUAGUCGCCAAGGAAACAUUUGAGGGAAAGCGACAGGCAAUGUGAACAGCCACUUCUCCAUGUAAACGAUACUCUUUCUCUUGGAUGACUCCUAAGCCUCGCCACGCCAGCACACUUGUGCACAAAGAUGCUGCGGAGGCACGUGCAGCUCAGAGGCAAGAAGCAGUGGCACUGGUGUCGACAUUCACCCACUUUCUUUUUGUUACACUGAGGCAGCCAGUACACCUCGAACAGCCACCUUGACUGCGGGUGUGUCAGUAGAUUCCUGUUGUACAUAUGCUCAUAAUAAACAUCAGUAAACUUGAACUUGAUAAUAAACUUGAAGGCAAAUGGGA